CGCUGCACGAAAACAUGAUUUGGCUGAGUCGUCACGACGAGAAGAUCGCCUGCAAAAAAUGCCUGUCUGACGACCCGAACAGCAAAUUUGCGCAUGGGUACCCGAAGGCCGCGCACACCUGGGACCACGGCUGCCAGAAGUUUUACGAUCACGUCCACGGCACGAAUUACCAUGGCGCCAAGCCCCCGUGGAGCACGCGGGCCCAGCGGUGCGAUUUCUGCAAAAACAAGGCGAAAGUGGAUCUGGACCAGGCCAAGCUGGCGCGGGCCCGACUGGACCGGCGCAUUCAGGCGGCAAAGCAGAUGCGGCAACUGCACUGGAGCCCCGCAGGACAAUUGGUCGUGAGAGGGGGCGAUGCAGGAGUUGGGGCUCGCCCUGCCGGUCAACAACAUCCACCUGCAGGUCCUCGCGGCGGUGCUAGAUCAGGAAAGGCAGCUGCUGUCCAGGCGUUUGCGAAGGCCGCAAGCUCUUCGUCUUCCUUUAACAAUCUGCUGCAGCGGCAACAGAGAUCUCCGGCACCGCUACAGCAGGAAUCAGCCAGUCCGGCACACAUGAAUCCCAAUGCCCAGCAUGGUCGUGGCCAGAAUAGCUCCAAAGCUCCAAACGCUUUUAAAAGCCUGUUCGGUCCGCAAUCCCACGCUUCUGGUCCUUUCGCAAAUACAGGGAAUAUUAAAGAUGCGAAAUCGAGUCCGUUGAUGGUCCCUCGGAGAGCACCGGGCAGGGCGGGAUGGGAGAGCUCGCUCGCACCAGCAAGGCAACAGCAAGAUGUUCUGGAUGGAGCGUCUGCUCCAGUAGAUCUGCAGCAAGUGCGAGAUGACGAACCGCAGGGCGGAGCAACCAGUAGCCGGCUCGCCUCUGUCGAGCUUCAGCGACGCCAACUACUGCAGAAGCAGCAACGCCAGGCGGAUCAAGCUGGCCUUCUCUUGCAGCCAGCAUCGUCCUCGUCUUCUUCUUCCAAGCUACCCGAGACGAGAACCAACCUCCAGCAGACGAUCAAUCAGAAAAGCUCUUCCUCCUCCUCAUCCGCGUUCUUGCUCGGUCGUGUGAAUAAAAGCAAUAAGAACCAACUACCUUCGGGCAACAUGGGUGGACCGGCACUCAAACUCGGGAAUCAAGCUGGAAUAUCCAACAUCGACCCAAUUGAGGACUUUGGCGCGAUUUCCGAGGACCCGAUUGAAAGUUUUGGAAACAGUAGCGAAGACUCUUUUCUCGCGGAUCCCCACAUGCGCAACGACCCGAACGCGAUUUUCGUGGAUGCGAAGACGGACAAAAUUGCGGCUGCGAUCAAGAAGGGCGAGAAGGAGGGAAUAAACAUGAUGAUUUCUGCAAAGGCCGCUGCCGGUACAACCACCAGUGCCAAGGAACAGGACGGGAAGUCGAACAACAAGAAAAGACCGGCAAGUGGUGCUGGUGGUCGACAGGAGAAAGUAGAGUGGAACAAAGAUGAGGUGGAUCAAAAAUCUGGGGAUGGAGGUCCGCGUGAACAAGACGAGAAGCGAGUCCCAUCAUCCAAUGGCGAGGAUCAGGAUGACGACGAGGACGUGGAGGAAUCCAGUGGGAUCAAGCGCCCGAAGCUGGAGGAAUCGCUCAUCGGGGAGCAUUAUCAAAUGUAAGGAUGUCUGGGUCUGGAAACUUGUGAUGCUGGGUGGCGUCUCAUGAUGAGGCCACAAAUGCUGGCUCGGCAUGACAAGUUUCUGAGAUUAUAGGUGUUGCCUAUUCUGCAGGACAGCAUCACAGAAAAAUGGAGCUCUUGGGUAACGUGCAUGACAGAUUUAAGCGUCAUGCCAGACAAGCAUGACAAACAUGCACCAUUCUUUCAGACCCAGACAUUUUUACAUUUGAUAAGCAUGGACAGCAGCUGCUCUGUGACAGCUCGGCCGCGCCGUCGGAGGUGGGGAAUUAUGUGGCGGACGUGAUCGAGAAAAGCGAAGGCAAACAAGAACGGCAGCGAGGAGUUGAUAUGACAUUUUCAACAAACUUGCUCAUGAAGAUGAACAACAAGAUGAAGACUGUGAGUGAAGAUGUCGUGGAGCUACAGUUAGACCAAGAGCAGCAGCAGCUACAGCAGGAUGAGCAGGAGCUUCUGCACGAGGAGCCCAAAUCCCCUCCUGGUCCAGGUGCUGGCAAAGAGCCAGAACGACAGGGCAUAAUGCAGCCCGUGCGUGACAAAGACAAUAAUUUCCAGAAAGAACAACAGCAGCGAGAACGAGCCGCGUUUGCUGCUUUGCUUGACGACCAAAAGCGUGAUAUUGUCGAUCAGGACAUCAUGGUGGAAGGCACUCCACGGUCAGGGCGCAAAUCGUCCGCGCCAGCAGCUUCCUCGCGCAAGGUGACCGAAGAGCUCGAGGACGAGGACGAAGAUGCUUUGGAUCAGCAUCUUUAUCCUGCGAGCACACCUGAUCAUAAUUCAUCUUCCGCAAAAGAGGGACAACUUCUCGAUGGUGCAGAUGAAGCAGAAAAAAACGUCGACCGCGUUGCCGCCCCAGACGACAUACACGACGGCGGCGAAGACGGAGAAGGAGCAACACCUGGCAGUUGCGUCGAGUUUGGAGAAGAAGGUGUACAGGAAGAGGACCAAGGGAAGCUCCCCGUAGCGGGAGUUGUCAACGAAGAGGAAAACGAAAUCGAGCCCCCGGUCCUCCCACACUCUCCUGCUCAAGUAGAGGACCACGCCUCGUCUUCCCAAAUUUUUCACUCCGCACUAGAGAUCUCCGCGUCGGAGGAAGGCCGAGAAGAUAAUGAGAACGGGAACAGCCGUGCAAGCGUAGCUGCGAAUCAUGAUGUGCAACCGCUACAACAACUUCGUGACGAUAUGCAAAAUAGUGGUGUGCAGCACCAGGAGUUCCUUCCUGAUAUCCCAGAACAUCCUGCCACUGUCCGUGAUCAAGCUCCGGUUGAUAGUCCGGCCGCUAGGCCGCCCUUAUCAUCCGGAGAGCGUGAAGUAAACGUGAGCCAGGCAGUUGACGGAAGUGAGAAGGACGCGGAGCUUGGUCCCCGAAUCGUCCUUUGUAGUUCGCCAAGUCGAAACCCGCCGCCCCCUGGGCAACCGUCCCCAGGGCGGAUAGAACAACAGGUAGCGGAGCAAGACGGCAGGAGGGACGGAAGAGAAAACGUACUGCAGCUGGACGAGCAGGCUUCUUCACGUGGCGGAGAACAAGAAGGCCAAGAAGUCGAAGGAAGCAACAACGGCAUCAACAAACCUGUUGACAACUCUUCGGUGUCGCCACAGCAAGGAGCGAUGCGCGACGAUUUCGCUUCCAGCGCCCCUCCCAGCGGCCCUCGUCGACGUACCAGCGGGAAACCUCGUCGUUCGAGUGACAACGACUUUUGUCCUGCGGCGCAAAAUGUAGAUUCAGAAGAGCGGGUCUUGGCGCCGGCGGAACAUGAAGAAAACGAAGUACAACAGCACGACAGCUGUGCAGCUUCUUCCCCAAGUGGCACUCGUGGCGCGGGAGAGAACAAGAACAACCCUCCUGCUCAGAAGGUGGCACCAGGGCACAAGGACAACCCUGCUGCAGAUGAUGAUGAUGAUGAUGCCGUCGUGCAGGCCGGGAGACUUUUUAAUCAUAAUCUUGCGGUCGAUGCUCAUGUUGGUGAAGGCCAAAAAUCGCAGCAACUGCAAAAGCACGAGAGAGUUGAAGAAUCAGAAGCACCAAACCAGGAUGAAGUUGUGAUGAGGUACAAAAAUCUAAAUCCUAGCGAAGACGAAGCUCCGUCGCCAGUAGUAGCUGCACAAGUAGGGGAGAACCAGAUGCAGAUUGCAGAUUCCGGAGAACAACUCGAAAGUGCUCAUUCCAGCCCGUUAUCCGAACGUGUUCAGCGCCGGGCUGUCGACGAACUCAUGGAAGAUGCGCGGCGCGGUGAAUUUCGUGACUCUUCGUCGUCGUCCCCUGCGGCUGGUUCUGAAAUAAAUCAGCAGCUACGAGGACAAAUGGGAGAGGCAGCAGCUGUAGAGCCACCGGCAGGUCUGCUCGAUGAGGUAGUCCAGCACAACACCGGUGGAAUAUCAAGUAGAGGAGCCACGUCGGAACAGAGAGAAGUUUUACAAGAACCGGCAGAAGACGUUGAGAUGAAGGACGUCGAGAUGAAGGACAAUAGUGAAGCAAACUACGAAGAACCAGGCGUGCUAGAGCAGGACGGCGGCGCUCUUAGCCCAGCUGCACACGAAGUUCUUGUACCAGCUCCGGCUGUAUUAGUUGACGAAGAGCAGCCCUCCACCGCUGCUGCGCUUGUUCUCGCAGGCGAAGCGGUAGCAAAUGAACGCAGUACAUCAACCAAGGCCGGUGUUGCUGUAGUAUCUGCGGAAGAGGUGCAGGAGGAAAUUUUGCUAGACGAGGACGCGCGGCUCAUGGGCAUAGCGAACGGGGAAGAGGCUGACAUCGCUUGCUCGCAGCCCAGCGCCCGGAUGAGUUGCGAAGACGAGCCGAAAGUAGCCACGCCGCUGCAUGUGCCCGAUCAGAAUGGUCUAGAAGAGGAUGACUGCUCGGAAGAGGAACUGGUGCAGCAAGUCGGAAGAAACUUUCUCUCUGGCAACAUCAAGGUGCAACGGCACGACUACACAGAGCGCACCGCAGCGGCUGCAUCGUGCUCGACGUCCCACAAGAGACCAGCUGCUGUCGUGUCCACAUCGGGAAUAAUUUCGCCAAAACUCGAACGGUUGCGAGAUGUUGUAGUAGUUGAAGAGCUGCAAGAGCAGCCCGCGGCCCUUGGAACAAACAAGGCGGACUUCGCUAUUGCGAUGGACGCGGUGGUGAUCAAUGAUCACGUCGAAAAUAAAGCAAGUCCGCCUGUGAUGGUUUCGGGUGGCAUGGAAUUUCUCGAGGCGCGGCGGGACCGGAAGUUGCAGUAUUUGAGUCAGCCAGCCAAGUUCAGUACUACUUCUGGUGUACCACACUCCUCUGCACCAGUAGGAGUAGCGAACAAGAAGCACAUCAGGAGAGCCACUUCUACACUUGCUCCAAUGCCUGUUGCACAACCAAAGGACGGCCUGCUCUCGUCUUCCUCCGCAUCUUCGUCGCCGUCCUCGUCAAAUUCUUCCGCGUCCUCGUCUCCGUGGGAAGAACAGGAGGCUUCCUCUCAUCUGUCAGCUGGCUCCUCGUCGUCGUCCUCGGGUGGAGCAAGUAGAAGUAGAACUUCGUGUAACUACAAAAGCGAUCCUCGUGUUUCCACCGUGAGGCGGCGGCGACUGAAUAGGGCGUCACUUUUGCAACAGGGUAUGCACAAGCACCAAUACAAAUAUCGAUAUGUGGAUGAUCCUGAGUACGGUGAUGAUGAAAUAGAAAUUACUGAAUCGUACGAAUUUUGUGGCCUUCUGGAGGACCCAUCACUGUACGACAUUGCCGAGGAAACGUACUCCGACGAGGAGGAUGAGGAGGAGGUUGGAGUAGAUUGUGGUCUCGACCACGUCGUGCAGCAGGGCGACUUCGAGUCCAAGAUGAUGACCAACAUCGCCUCCAUACCAGCACCCGGAGCUGGUUCAUCUUGUAGUGCCAAAGGAGUAGAUGCUGAUGGAGAGAGCUUACGAGGUGGAGGACCCGAAGGGGUUCAAGAAGGGAAGGCACCCGACGACGUCCAGGAACAAUUACAGGCUGGAUGCAGUAGCAUAAUAGCCAAAAAUGAUGAAGAAAAGCACAACAAGCUUGCGCUUCGUCAUGCGGCCCUGCCUAGCGACCGCGAGGUGGACCUCCGCGUGGACGCCAAGAAGCUGCAAGAAGUCUCAGGAGAGCGACGACCACAGGAGGCGCGCGCCCAGUCCACCUCUCGACGCACUUUGCGGCGGCAGCAACGGCGAGAGGAACGGGAGCGCCAAAGGGUAAAACGGGAGAUAAACCGGGAUAGGAUAGAGCGGCACAAGGAGACCCGGCGGCGGCGCGACGUCUACGAACUAGCGGUCCUGGCGGAGCGGGAGCGCGCCAAGCAGAUAGGCAUUGCAAAAGAAGCAUCGUUGUAUUAAUCGCAUGACAAAUUGAAAUUUUAGCAACAAGAAAAUUGGCAUCAUUUGUCAUGCUGAUUUAGGUAGAAAACCAGACUUGGCAUGCAUGACUAGGAUGAUUAGUGAAGUGCGAGACGAGUACGGUGCUUUUGCAAUGCAUAGCAGAGCUUUUUCGACGAUUAUGAGCGAGAGCGGGCAAGGGUGAUCGGCAGCCUCGAUCCCGUUUGGCGGACGCAACUGUUGACCACACCGGGCUCCGUUUUUUGGAACGAUCUUCUCGUGCCAAAAUGUGGCUUUGCAGACAAGUACCGGGUUGUCGAGGGGUGCCAAGGUGUGGCUUUCGGACGAGAGCUCGUCGACAUCCGAGACGUGAAGGCGCUCCCGCCGCGAAUGCUUCUGCGAAUCGAAUGCAAUUUUUGGAUAUCCAUUGCAAAUAUGUCUGGGUGGUCCUCUGGAAGACGAAGAAUGCGCGAUUUCUCAUGCUCAGCUAGCAUGAGUGCUCUCAAGCCUGUCAUGCACGUCACCCAGAAGGAGCCUUUCUUUUCUGUCAUUCAAAAACGCAGUUUCUCAUACAGAAAAGACAACACCUAGCACCUCACAAACUAGGCAAUGUGCUGGAGCGUCAAUUGUGGCGUCCUCGUCAAGAUUCGCCAACCAGCAUCACAAGUUUCCAAACCAAGACGUAUUUGCAGUUGAUAGAAAAAGGCAGACGAGCGCGAGAAAAAAGGGUGGAAGAGAAGUGGCUGCUGGCAGCCGGAGCAGAAUUUUUGUGUUAUCCUGUGCAAAAGUAAUAUCGCGCUCGUGCUACCCCUACCCAUUUUCAUUUUCUACCUUGCAGUCAAGGUCGUGCAAGAGCUUCUACGUGACGACACAAGAACUGACUCAUUAAGUAGGUCGGUCGACCGGAUGAACCGGCGAUAAAGUACCGUUUUACAUGUGGAGCUUGGUAAUAGAACGUUUGCACUUGGUCUCGCGUUUAUCUGGAAAAGCAAAAGACGGUUCGGCGAGAAAAAAAAAAAUUGUGUAGAAAUGGCAACAGUAGGAGCACAGUGCGUUAUUCUUUGCAACUUUGAUACAGAACAACGGGGCCGCGGCAUCAUCCCACCUACCCCGAGAACAAGGUCGAGCCGGGGCGACCCAGUCGAAUAUCAAAGAAGACCCGGCACUACUACAAGAAGAACUACACGAGCAGCAGUUUGUGCGCGGGUGGCACAAUGAUGAAGUGGUCCAGCGGACGACAGAUGGUCGGCUUUGGCGGAUCAGGAAAACAAUCCCGGCGAGGGAUGGAUGCGCGAAGCCAACCACUGAGUUGCUAGCACAGCGGAUGGUUGAGAUCGAGGAUGCGAUUGCCCUGGAGAGACCGCAAGCCGAAGUCCGUGCCCAAAAUGCACAGCACGACCGUUCACCAAAACUUUCGCAGGUCGAGAACUACAUUUCUGUCACACGCCGCGGCCAGAAAAAUUUGCACCCGGACCAGGAACAAAACAAAAACUACGAGGAUGAAGUUGUGAUGCAGGAGCCCUCGCACGGCAGGACCAGUAACAUGAACGCGGCGCAGCUCGAGAACAAGCUUGGUGAAGUAGAGAUGAACGUCGUCGUUCAAGCAGAUGAUGAACAAGGAGGACCGGCACCUAGUUCCCCCCUGUCCUCUUCUAGAAUAAAUUAUUCCUUCGCGGCUCGGGCUUCCUCGCCGUACCCGCACCAAAUGGCCGCAGACCGGUUUAUGCAGGACACACCCUUCCCGGGUGCUGCGCCGCACAUGAGUCAGAACGUCGAAGAACUUGGUCAAGAAGUAGACGUAGAUUGUUACAACUACAUGGAAGUAGAUGUUGGCGCGGGAGCUGCACAAGUACUACGCAACUCUAGCAGCGCAGCUGCGGCAGGAGCCGCGUUGGGGUGCAGCACGCCUGUGCUGGCUGAGCGUCAGCAAGAGGUGAUGUCGCCUAAAAUUGAUGGCCAUAGGAGCAAUGAAGACGACGAGCGGGUUGUACCGCAGUUGUUUCAUAACGACGAGGAACAACUUCUCAAGAACAACUCCCAGGACCAUCAGCAUGAAGGCUCCUGGGGUGGCGCAAGCUCGGUACGCCAAAAUCCCGGCAGUCAGGGCUUCAACAUGUCCGGGAUCUUGGACGGUGGCUCUGGUGCCGGAGGACCUCCGUUUAGUUGCACUUUCCCGUCGAGUUCCAGUUCUUGUCCAGGCUCCGCGCCGUCGCAAAUGUCACAGAACGCGGCCAAUGCACUGGGUACUAACUCGGCACUACACGCUGCACCAGGUAGUUCGGAAAGAAACCUUCCUCACGAGGAGGACCUAGGGCGGCGGAAGAACGGCAACGAGGACCAUGGUGAACAGGCAUUCUAUUUGCCGUCCCCCUUCGAUUUGGGUCGUCCGCCGAGUGUGGAAGAUGAAAACAACGCAGAAGUAGAUGAAAAACUGCAACCAGGGGCAAACGUGGAACAAUCACGAGCAAUAGUGCAACAAGAAAAUAACGUUAACGGGAAGAAAAACGCGAGCUGUGGUCAAGAGUCGUCGGAAAGUUGUGGUAACAUCAAGCUGCUUCCGAGCAGCUCGAGCAGCCCUUCAUCAAGUUUCGUAUCGGCCAAGGAAAGUCGUGACAGCGAGGAGGUGUUAGACAUGGAGGAGCAAGAGCAAAACCACGACUGUAUUGCACAUGCUUCACCUGCUACCGGCGGUGACCGGCCGCCGCCGGCGAAUCAGGAAGCUCUUUCUAGCAACAACAGCCUGCUGAAGCCGAAUCCGCCGACGGUGUCAUCAUCUGUAUUGAGUGGAGCAGCUGCAGGAGGUGAGCGUGAGCAGCAGCAGCGAGAACGACCUCCUCCUGGGAGCAGUGUUAGCCGAUCUUGCUCGAGCAGCGGGAGGAAAAAUAAAGGUCGGCAAGACGAUGGAGUAGACCUGCAGGAAAAGCAAACUUUCAGAGACGAAGGCUCGUCUUCGCGAAAGCGCAAUUUGGGCAAUAAAAGAAGCGGCGUCAGCUGCUACAGCCCACGAGAAGGAGCUGUGCCUGAUUUGUUAGCCGGAGAGGGACAGGAGGUACUACUACCCGGAAAAAUAUCAUCUGCGAAGCCGGAAAAUUCUAACGGAUUUUUGUCAACAAAAAAGGUGGAUAUUGGUCGUGAACAACCAAACCGCGACUCGGAAGACCCGAACCCUAGCGAGGAGGAAAUCGAAAAGCAGGCGAAAGUUCCGAAACUGGAGAAAGGGUCUGCAGAAAAAAAGGCGAAAAACAAGGCUUCCAAUAAAGCGAAGGCAAAGCCGGACGCUGCCCCGAAGACAAAAGCGAUGAAGGCAGAAGCUGUUACUGGUGCCGCAGCGGCGUCUUCUUCUUCUGUUCCAGAAGCGAAAAAGAAGGAAAACGAAAAGAAGAGCAGUAAAGCAGCUUCACAACUACCUAGUUCCGGCGGGAAGAAAAACAAUAAGUCAGCAGCUGCAGCAAAGUCAAAAGCGACCCCGCCGCCGGUGAAGAAAACAGCAAAUCGGGAGAAAAAUGAAAACGCAGCAAAGUCAUCAGCAGCUGGGCCGAAACAGAAAGCGAAGAAAUCGAAGGAAGCCCCCACGACUUUAACUUCUUCUUCUAGCAGCAGCCUCGACGAGGUACUAAAGGGAGGAAGUACUAGUGUACAACAAGCACCUGGGCCGAGCAAGAAAGCCGAGCUUCUAGGCAGUGAUCCUCCCGCACCAGACUCUUGUUCUCCCGCGAUGAAAAAGAGCAAAAAACAAGGGAAACAGGGACCGACCUCAAAGGGCGGAAAAAAUGUAUUAAACAAUGCAGCAUCUUCAUCAUCGGCAGUGGGUUCAUCUUCGAGCUUCAGACAGAAUCAGAACGCAGCUGCUCCGGAGCAAGCAACCACGACGAGCAAGGCGAGCAGCAGUGGUGCUGGUAGAACUAGUGGGAUGAAAAAUGCGGCCGCGGCCUCGCAUCUGCGGGCGGUCCCUGACGCGCAGAGACAGUUGCUCAGCCGCGGGAAGAAGCAGUUCGGCGACAAGGUUCUUGCGAACAGCAACCCGCUAGGAUCGCUAGGCGUCUCCGACCCGCAAGAAGCCGCAGGAGACCUCUGUCCAGUGGCCGAGCUGCCGGAUGGAUGUAUUGAGAUUUUUCUUCGUUAAGUAGUAGAAUGUUGAAGUACUUAAAUCAUAAUCAAUUUCGUUUCCGGAGCUGAUUGCAGAUGUAGCGCCAGCACAGUUGAUGCAUUUAUUUUUGCGCAACACCUUCUGCACAAAUAACAAUAAACCAGUUACGCAAGAGCACAACACGCAAAGCGAAGACCUUUACCUGACGAACCAAGCGCAAGGAAGCAAGCAGCCGGCCAUAUGAAAGUAAUCUCACGCGACGAAAUCCGAACUCGUAUUGACAACCCCCUCGUGGCCAGCGUAUUGCAUUUGCAGUUUCGUUCUUCGUCUAUCGGGGAGCUUUCUACGAGGCUGCGCGCUGUGGCGCUUGUUGCCAUGUUCCUGAGCCUUGCUUCGACUGCUUUCUUAUUCUUCAUUGGUCAAGGAUUCUGGCUCGGGAGUAGUACUUACCUGCAGAGCUGAGCGUGAGUUUCCUUCUCUAAUAGAUUUUGAUGGCAGGAGUCGAUAAUUUCGUCCUUGGAUCAUGUUCCUUUCAAGCGCAGCCGCCACUACACAACCCUGGUGGCGAGGGAGCAGGGCAGUCCGCCAUCGCGCCUAGCAAUUUAUUUGAUCCCGAAUUGCUUGUUCCACUCCCGUUACGCAACACCUCUCACUGCGGUAUUUGUGGGUACAAUCGGGCGACCAUCCUGGAAAACGCCGGCCGGCUGCGCUGUGGAAAGCACCGAGUAUGUAAUAAUUGCGCAAAACAUAAUUUUCGAGACCGCGCUACCUGGCUGCAGGAGCACCAGUGCCGGUUUUGUGAGGCGUAACAUACAUACAAGCCAAUAAAAAUCCUAUCGCAAUCCAAUUAUUGGAUUGCGGCAUGUACUUUCGCACAUGUUGUUUGAAGAUGUUGCAUUCCAACCGACAACUUCUGAGAAGUUGCCGUCUGUAGAUUCUCCUUGAUACUUGCGAAGCACUGCUAAGUCCGUGAAGUUCAUGAGACUACUAGUUUGUUCGUCAAAAGCUUUUCAACAUUCAUAUCACGCAUCCUAUUUA